AUGUAUCUCCUUCUUCGCGGUGAACUUCCAUUUUACGGCAAGGCAAAGAACGAAGUCAUUCAGAAAACUUUGCACGCUGAAAUAAACCUCGAGUCGGAUCCCAUCUGGGAAAGUGUGUCCCCCGAAGGGAAAGCCUUGCUGCGUGGCUUGCUUAGGAAAGAUCCGACCCGCCGGCUUACUGCACAAGAUGCAUUACAACACGAGUGGUUCUUGACGAAACCUAUACAUCCCUUAAGUAGCGGCACAGCGGUGGCUCCAUUGCAAUUUGAUAGCUCUUAG